AUGGUGCUUAUAGUGGUGCAUCGACUUCAAACAGGAGCGGGUGAUAUUGUGAGGGAUCGCUGCGGUAAUGGGGUCACGGGUUUUGGAAUGAACAUUGACAGUUGCUCGAUCAGUGAAGCGGAGCUAUGGGGACUGUAUCAGCAGCUGAGAAUUGCAUGGAAUAGAGGUGUGGUUCAGUUGGAGGUUGAGUUGACAGCAGGAAUUACUUGUUCUAGAUGGAAAAUUUUGUGUACCACUAUAUGGGUGAGGCAGGAUCAUGAGUUUAGCUGGAUCCAGAACCAAGACAUGACAUGUAACGAAGUUGCUGAUUGGCUGUCCAAAGCCAACUCUGUAUUGUUUUGCCCUAACUGGAUCCCUGUUCCUCCGUCUGAUCUUGUUUUGUUAUUCUUGCAGGAUAUUUCUUAUCUUUAA